ACAAUUAUAGAUUAUUUUUCCACCGAGGUUUUUCUCGAGAAAUGAGACGACUACCUUACAUCUUGCUCCUGUGCUGUUUGCUGGUAUUCGUUGUAUCUGCUCAAGAAUCCGGCCAAGGUGCCGGCGAAGGCGGAGAAGCACCACCGUCGACUCCUCAAGCGGGACCAGCCCCACCUCCAGAAGUUGCCGUACCAUCUUCUGAGCCUUCCGCAACAGCUGCACCCAGUGAAUCUGCUGCCGCACCUCCUUCCAGUGAAUCGCCUGCCGUGACUCCGAGCAACCCACCAUCACCCACCGCUAGUGUAGAUACCCCUUCCCCGUCGCCGUCAACCACUCCAUCCCAACCUGAGGGUUGUUUCUCGGCCGAUGCUUUCUCUAGCACGGAUUAUUUUGCUGAUACCAAGCUUUCCGACCCAUUGCAAAAAACCACCCGUUUCAACGUGACUUACUCCAACACAUACAAAGCUGUGUAUAAUGCGGCCUUGAAUGAACAUUAUGUAUUGCACUGUACUCAACACCCACCGAAUUUGACGGAUUAUCAGUCAAAGACCUAUAUUCAAAUCCCUGUUACCAACUUUGCCGCUGUGGACACUCGAAUUCUCGGAUUUUUGGACUUACUUGGUCACAGCCACAAUAUCGUGUAUGUGGGCAAUGUGAGCAAUGUUACAUCACCUUGUGUGUCGCCUCAACCUACGUAUUUCAACAUGAGCGACUCCAUUGAUCGUAGCAGAUAUGAUUUGGCGGUGUAUCCGAAUAGUGCAUUGAAUGAUCCCAAAGGCGUGGGUCUUGGCAUGAAUUACGAUGCAAGCCCUUUAGCACUUGCCGAAUGGAUCAAGUAUAUUGCAUUGUUCACCAAUCAAGAGAAGGAGGCCGAAAGAAUAUUUAAUAACAUCAAGAGCGAUUAUGAAACCAUGAGGGAUAGCAUCAACGGGGCAUCCAUUAGCUAUAAACGCAACGUGACUGUGAUGUCGUAUGAUCCAAUGUCCACCAAGUUUGCGGUUUUGACUGAUCUCUAUUUUGUGAAUCUGACGGCGGACGCAGGUGGCAAUCUUACGACACCUUUGCUAGCUCAACCGGGCGAUCCAUCCACGAUGCGUACUCAGCUUCAGAACAGCUCACUGGUGAUCGAUUUGACAGCUGAUUAUGUGUUUGACAACUCAUUCGCAUCAUGGCAAAAUUUCAUCGGCUACUCAUCAGAAAAUAUUACCAAAGGAGCUGAUCGAGCACUUCAACGCUUCCAAACCCAACGACCUUACGUCAAUGACCCUGAUGCGCCUCCUUUCGAGCGGUAUGGACAAUUAUGGCGAUUGGACAAAAUUGCGCAUGACGGUGCAACAGAUUACUGGACACGUGGCAUGGCGAGACCCGAUUUGCUCAUACAAGAUUUGAUUCAAGCACAGUAUCCGGACUUUUUCAAUGGAAGAGAACGCGUGUUUCUGCGAAACUUGGCGGCCAACGAACCUAGUCAACCGGCCGAUAGUGGAUCGUACCAAUGCAAGCUUGAUUCGUGGAAACCAUUGUCGCAUGUUAAUUACGCCAACGCAACCGCUGAUGAACCUGGUCUUCAACGACCGUCCGGCAUAUCACUGGGUGUGAUCAUUGGUGCCAGUGUUGCCGGUGGGGUGGUUGCUCUUGCCUGUGCCGCGGCUGCCGUGGUGGUGUUACGACAGAAAGUGAAAGAUCGUAGCAGCAAGCGGUUCACGUUACUGCGUGAGGAUCCUCUGAUGGCUGAUCCUGCAUUUGACAGAGAGCCAAUGAUGCUAGAGGAAAGAGAUACUGGACGUUUAGGAGGAUCGGGCCGAGUGAUGGCGUGACAUAAUCCAUGAUGUACAUAGACACACAAAAGACAAAAAAAAAAAGGUGACAAUAAAAACAUGCCAUGUUCCCAAGAGAACCAA